UCGAUCUUUGUUGUGUCGGAGAAAACACGUGCCAUUGAGAUUUUUGUUGAAUUACUUGUUGAGAACACUCAUUUUUAGUGUAAACUGGUAGUGAUAACCAAAUCUGUGAUUGUCUUUAUAUAUAUAUUGGGGUAAGCGUUUAUUUACUAACUUUCCUCAGCCAUCAUGAAUCCUGAUCCUCCCGACCCUGGCAAACCUCCUGACAUCCAGGGUGAGGUGAUGGAAGCAGAGCACAUAAGCAAUAAAAGACAACGAUGUGAGGCAUCCAUCGCUGAUACAGACAUUAUUCCGUCUAAAAGACAUGUAACAGUUACCAACUACGCGAUCGCAUCCUCUCAAAAUUCAUAUGUGGAUCCCAUUUUAUCUAAUCCCAUUACAUAUUCCGACAAUGACAGUGGUCCUUUUAUUGUUUAUGUGUCCCGUACGGAGGCCGAUCCUGCGGCGGGUUUAACUAUUAGGCCGAUUAAAUUUGGAUCAUUCCUAUACAAUAAUCGUGUAGCUAACAUAGCUAAAGAUGGAGUUAAAGCUAUUGGGCGUAAUAAAAUUUCUGUGCAAUUCAAUACAGCUAGUGACGCAAAUAAUUUUAUAAAUUUCCCCCCUCUUAAAGAUUCAAAUUACCAAGCCUCCAUUCCAACUUUUCACAUCACUCGUAUGGGCAUUGUCAAAGGUGUCCCUACGGAGUGGUCUAUGGAAGAAUUUAUCAGCCAUGUGGAUUUCCCAGGUGGAAGAGGCAAAAUUUUGAAAGCCAGACGGCUUAAUAAAAAAAUUAGAAUAGAUGGUGUUACUUCAUGGUCACCAUCUCAAACAGUUGUUUUGACCUUUCAGGGCCAAGUUCGUCCAGAUAGAAUAUACUGCCUUUACAACUCCAUGCCAGUAGAAGUGUACCAAUACCCCACAAUUCAGUGCUAUAAAUGCUGUCGGUUUGGACAUGUACGCGACCAAUGCCGCUCUAAGGAACGUUGUUUCAAAUGCUCCCAGGCCCAUUUGGGCGACUCUUGUCCAAUUUUAGAGUCUGAUGCGACAUGCCUCCAUUGUACUGGUUAUACAGCUCCAUGUAAGAAGUCUAUGAGUAAAUAAAAAGUAGUUAAAUCAUCUCAACCGUGAUUUUUCCUCAGCACAGAGCACGCUUAACAUGAGCAUUACCAUAUAC